CGAAAGUAUGUAGUAGCACCACAGUCUCUGGACUCCUUGGGCCGAUCACAUGAUCAGGCGAACCCUCUGGCCGCGCUUUCUGUUUGGCGUUUCCGCGCCUUCCUCCGUCGCGUCGGCCGCCCCUCCUCACUUACUCACUUACCCACUCACCCAUUCCAUCUCUCUCACUCAUGUUCUGCGCCGCCGUCCCGACGCGUAGUCCGCGAUCCGCAUUGUCAUGACCGCCCGACCCCGAGGCACACCUCUAUCGUCCGCUGUCCCCGCCUCCCAACACACCGCUCCGGUCAACGAAUUUCGCUGCCUCUUCACCCACGAUGUCCGUCGCAAACAAAAACGCUGGCAAGAUGGGAAUUUCCUCGGUGACACAUACUGGAAAGAAUCUGAUAAGAUCCAAGAAGGCGACGAGCUGCAGCUUGACAAGGGCGUCAUGGUCGAGGUAGCCGAAGCGCUCGGCAUCACCCAGACUGACCUCACUGCGCUGUUGGAAAAGAAAAAGGAUGCGUCACAACCUCAACCAAAAACGACUGUUCCGAGAUCAACCAUGUCGCAGAGACCUGUGCCUACGCCUUCUCUCCUGGCUCGUGGUCCGUCUCAGUUACGUCACAAAUCACUCAACACCUUACUAGGUGCAUCCAAAGGGCCUAUUGGGAAGGCAAUACCUAUAGAGUCUCCCUUUGAGACGCGGAAGAAGAAGCAACUUGACGAGGCAGAUGAAAGAGAAGCCAAAAGGCAGAAGAAGAUGCAUGGUUCCACAUACCCGAAGACUUCGGCAUCAAUGACAAUUCCAGAGCCUGGAGUCAGCACAGCGAAGCCCUCUGUGGUUGCCAGUGGACAAGAUAAGGCUUCUCGCAUCGCAGCUGAACCACCGUCACAAGACAAUUCCCUGUUUGACGUAGACUUGGACACCGAUGAUCGUACGUCUGACCUUGCACCACUAAGUACACCUCCUCCUAUAUCAAAACCUCCCAGGAUACCCAAAGGCAAAGUUCCGGUUCCCCAUGUGAAGGCCAUGCAAACACCUAAACCUGCUCGACCGCCAUCUUCCCCGCCUAUCAGCGCUUCUAAUCGCAUCGCGAACAUUGAUUAUGCUCUGCAACCUUCACGAAGUAGCCUGCUUGAGACCGAAUCGCCGAGCUCCACUCGCAUAGCACAGAUGGAAAGGUCCAAGGUAGCUUCACCUCCGCCCAAGAAGACCAAGACGCUGCGACUGUCUACCGGGGUAAGAAGGGGGAUGCUGUUGUGCCAGUCUAUUACGCAACCACCAGUUUCCGUCUCUCGACGACAAGAUGAAGAUCAUGUCAGACUUGCGCGCGCUACGAGUCGAAAAUCCAGGCCAGCGAGAAAGAUGGGAUGCGAUGAUGCUCAUACCAUAAUACUAGAGGACGAAGAUACAGGUGACGACUAUGCCAUUGAAUCUGAAAGCCUCCAGAGGCCAAAAUCUGGUAAAAGGCAAAUUGGAAGUUUAGCAGAAUCAAAUUCGGAAAAGACGGCCACCCGGAACGGGCCAGCUCCCGAACUUGCAAGCGAUAUGGAAAUUGCUCAUGGUAUCAUGGAUCAACAAUUGGCGGUCUCUCCAUCGCCACCUAGCUUCCAUGACGUUAGGAAGCCUGAACGAUCGCCAAGGCAGAAUGAGAGAGAUCUCGGAUCUGCAGUUGGCGCAAGUACCAGUAGUAAGAGGAAUCGACAUCAGGCUGAUACUGGACUUCCUGAUGUUCCACAUCAAUCAAAGCGCUCGAAGAUAGCUACAAAUUCCAUAAUAGAAAGAGAAUCGCUGCAAGAUACAAAUCUGGAGGGCGCUCCACAACAAGUGUCGAAGAAAGGUAACCCAGACCUCCUGGAACAGGUCCCACAAAGAAUCGAGCUGCCCAUCAAAAAUUUGGAGCAGAACACAACUCCCAGCAUUCAUCCUAAAGAGAGGCUGCUCUCACUUGGCGGCUUUCGCAAGAAACCCAAACAAGCUCAUUCUUCUCUUGCAUCGGACAAGUCAUCCAAUGCUUCAUCUCUUCGUCAUGCAGUUGCUUCAGGCAACAACCCUUCUGCCCCGAAUGUGCCUGAUCUGGCACUGAAGCCAAGUACUUCGUCGACUUCACUCACAAAGCCCCCAAAACCGAUCACUCUUGAUAAUGACCUAAUUGAAGAUGAUAUACAAAUCGUUUCUCUCGACCGAAGCUUUCGACGCACAAGAAGUGAAAAUGAUGCGCCGAUUCCCAGCAUCAGCGAAGAAUGGGAAAAGCAAAACUUACCGAAGCCGUUGCCAAUCAACGGUACAGGCACCGAGGAUGCACCAAACGCAUCGACUACAUCGUUGAGACCCAAGCCAGGUGGUUUGGCUGCGUUGGUUAAACGGACGGAUCCCAGGCGGAAGUUCCAACGGACUCGAAGUUUGAAUGAGAAUGCCAGCCUUACGAAUGUGACGGAGUCAAUGAUAGUAGACGCACCGCCUGAUACCGAUGUUGGGCCAUGGAGUACUGAGGCGUUUGACCUGUUCGAUUGGAGACCACCUGCUCCUAAAGGUCAAGACCAAGGGACUGGAUUGUUGACUGACAGACGGUGA